AUGCGAGGCCUACCGGCUAGAGGACGAAGCCGGCCAAAGAAGUUAGUCCGCCAUCGCCAGCAACAUCCAGUGCGCUUGGCAACACUUGACGUUGGGACGCUUACUGGAAGAAGUCGUGAACUGGCAGACAGUCUCAGAAAACGACGUGUUGACAUAUGUUGUGUACAGGAGACUCGCUGGAAAGGCUCCAAGGCAAGGGAAUUAGGCGAUGGCUACAAGCUGAUCUACCACGGCACAUCAAAUCGCAAUGGCGUUGGUAUCAUAUUGAACGAGUCGUUUAGAAAUAGCGUCACAGCGUUGGAUCGACUAUCGGAUCGCUUGAUGGCUGUAAAUGUAGAUACAGGAGAAGUGGAAUUGCGAGUCGUAUCUGCUUAUGCGCCACAGAUGGGCUGUAGUGAAGAAGAGAAGGCGUGCUUUUGGGAGGAUCUGGAGCAGUACGUCCAAUCCCUGGAAAGCGAAGAGAUACUUUUAAUCGGAGGAGACUUCAACGGAUAUGUCGGUUCUCGGAAAGACGGAUUCGAGAGUUGUCAUGGUGGAUACGGCUAUGGAGCUCGUAACGACGACGGGUUGCGAAUCCUGGAAUAUGCUGUUGCAAGUGACUUGAUCAUUGCUAACACGCAGUAUCGGAAAAGAAAAUCGCGUUUGAUCACGUACACCAGCGGCGGUCGUGAAACAUAA